AUGAAGAAGAUUAAGAAGAGCAGUUUGGAGGAGUCUGAAGAGGUGAAGAAAUUGUUGGACAAGAUUUCUCAGCAUGAUGAUGCAAGUCCAUUCAAAUUUGCAACAAAUGAAGAAGAUAGGCUGUUCCACUCCCUGAUUUCUAUUGAGAACGAAAAUAUUGACAUUACAACAAAUCCAUUGUAUGAGGAAAUUUCAAACAUUUUUCAUGAACAAUUAAACGUGGCCACUGAACAGAGCUCCUCUUGGAUGGACUAUUAUUCCUUUAUCAGCAAACUAAAUAAGAUUCUCACAAGUCAAGAAGAUUCAAGAUCAAUGAUUAAUGAAGAAAUAUUUGCUCAAUUGAAGGAUAUUCCAUCUCAAAGAAUAAUGACUGUGUAUAAUGAAUUUCUACAAUCACAAAAGUCUCUUCCUGAUAAUGUUUGGGAAUCCACUUUGAUGGGAAUGAUUGUUAAUAUUCUUAAUCACCAAUUUAAAUUUAGGAAAAUCAUUAUUUUCGGAACUCAAGAAGCAGUCCAAUAUGUUGACUCAUAUGCUGUUAAAGGUACAUCACUCAAGAACAAGGCAAGGCUUAUUCCAGACGCGUUUGCUCAGAUUCAUAUUUUUGAAGACCAACCUUUCGUGUUCUUUAAAUGUGGAGGACAGAGAGCUGAAACAUGGACACAAAGACCAUUUUAA